AUUUUUAUUUAACUAAUAAUUGUUAGUAGUACUUCCUACCUAUAAAAAUUUACCAAUUAGUCGUCAAAUCUCUGUCUUCUCAAAUUAUCUUUCUGCAGUUUUUUUAUUUUCCUAUCUUCUUUUGGGAUUUUACAUGAUCUUCAUCUGCCCGUUGAAAGCACAUAGUUGGUUUGUGUACAUGCAUAUGAUUGUCUCUUGGACAGCAAAUGAAAUGAUAACAUAUAUAAAAAAUUUAGUAAUAUGAGCGUUAACGCUUAAGCUGCAUGUGAAAGUGGAAGAGUAUAAAGCAUAUGAAGGUCUCCAAUUAAUCAUCAAAAAUCGAGUGAGCAUCUAAAUUACAAAAGAAUAAGUCUCAGUCUUGGUCAUGUGAGGUAACAGACGAACGUGAGCUAACUGACAUUGACCAAGAAGUCUCCACUCGUCUUUGUAUGAUCGUGUGUGAAGUGUUACAUGAAAUGCGCACUCUUGGGAAGAAGUAAAAAAAAAGAAAAGAAAAUUUUAUUAAUGCAAAUAGAAAAAAGGAAAGCUGCAUGACCCAUGCAACAUAUCUGAAUACAGACACAGUGCUUUCAAAUGUUUAAAUUCGAACUGAUCCUCUGGUCUGGUAUACGUGUAAGAUUCUUUUUCAAAGAUAAGAAAAGGAGCAAGUGGUUCUUGUUAAGCUCUAGGGAAACACAUGGAACACUAAAAAGUUCCAUCUCUUUUUGUUUUAUACUGUUUAUACUGUUAUCUAUUAAUUUUGCGUUGUCUUAAUUCUGUAUAUCCCAGAAUACACAUUCAUUGGUUUCGUCCAGAUAUCUUAUGUUUAAUAAGUCUUAGAUUAACCCUCAAGGCAAAAACACAUACUAAGUUUCGGAAUUACGCAAUCUUUAGAUAACAUUUACAAUGGGCAUAAAACUAAAAUCAAAGUCUUAGUGGAACUCAAUCUUUAUUUUCAACCAAGAAGACAAUAAUGAUGGGUGGUCAAGCUAUGACAAAUAGACUAGUUAUCAAAAUUUCACUAAGUGUUAAUAGUUUCUUUAAGGUUCGAUCCUACAUCGACUUAUCACAUCCACGAAAUUAAAGUAUUCAAAUUAUAGUGGAAUAGCGAAAGAAAAGUACACAUGCAACCAAGAAAACUAAACUAAUAUAUUGGGAAACAAAUUUAUGAAUUUUGGAACCGUCUAGGUCUAAUAUUAGAUAUGCAUAUAGAUGUAAAUUAUUUAUGAGUUAACUCUUUCACAAUUUUGUAUCAUGGCAAAAAAAAAAAAAAUUGUAUCAAAACAACACAUUAUAUGAAAGCUGAGAUAUUAGCUUUUGACAUAGAAUAACAGAGGUUUUUUAAUUGUAAAUAAUUGGUGAGAAUAUGAACUUACUAUAAAGUAUGCAAAAGCAUUAUAACAUACCCAAGUGGGAAUAUUACUUAUAACUGCAAUUACUAUGAGGAAUCGUAAUUCCAAAAGAGAUUAAUGUUCAAAUAUGGAUCUAAACAUCUUAGCCAUAUGAUUUUUUUUUUUUGCAAUGUCAACUAAACAUAAGAGAUCCAAACGGUAUACUUGUCCAAGACUGGGGAGCAGAGAGCAUUUGCAGCUAAUUAACAGCUUCUUAAACCCUCAAGCUAUGGCUCUCCUUAACUGAUAGAGGAUCCAAUCCUCUUUUCAAAAGGCUGCCCUCUCUCUCAUCUCUAAUGUAAAGUCUUUUUGACAUUCGUGAUGUCAAUGGUGACCAUUAGUUGAGAAAGUUACAAAUGGAUGAUCAUGAUGAUGGUGAACAUGCAUGUCAUGAGUUCCUCAAUUCCCAUGAAGGACACGUAUAAACACACUUUUUCGCAUUCAAUCUUUUUAUAUGUUUCUUUUUUGCAGUCGAAUUAUUCCUUGCGUGAGAGGAGUCUAUACCAUUAGUUUUCACUUUGAUUUAAUUUGCAUUAUUGUACUGAUAACUCCAAGUGGUUGUUAGAUACAGUUAGAACCGGUCGUCGUGUUCUGUAUCUUUGCAGAUAAUGUUUCAAAACGCAUACUCAAACAAAUAACCGAUUCAAAAGAAUAUUAGGACAAAUACCCAUCACAGGUAUUGACAUAAUUAUGUUCUAUCGGUUAGGUUCUGUUUGAUAGAUUCAUAACGUUUAUUCUUUGUAUGGCCUUAUUAUUCUUUCUAUCUCCGUGAAAUGCUAUAUAUGACUUUGUAACAUUUACUUUGCAUUUUCUAUAAAUUACCAAAAUGGAUGCUAAUUAAGUUGCUAACUUAAAAUUCCUCAUUGUCAUUAUUUUAUACCAAAAUGCAUGUUAUUAGGUUUCAAUUUGGAAUGUGAUACGGCCACCACACUUAUAUAGACCAUUAAUUACAUGUGCUAACCAAUCUGCAUGGCCAGUAUGCUUUUGAAUCGAUGGUUUGAUUGGUUCGUACGUAAAUGUUUAUGUUCGUGUUCUCAUAAUAAAUGGUUAACUUGGCUCAUACUUCUAAUGUUUAGCUAUAUAUAUAUAUAUAUAUAUACAGUAUAGUUUUCUUUUUAAUCAAACUCAUUAUAAGAAUUAUUGCCGCGAAGAAAAAACAUAAAAAUGUAUCUCUCUGUAAUGUUUGCAAACAAAAAUGUUGACAUAGAAACGUAAAGAUCCACACAGAUGCAAAUGGGAAGAUGUAUCCAAAGGCCUUGAUUUGUUUAGCACAUCCAAGAGACAUGUAUACAAAAUUAACACAGAAUUGCACAUCUUUUUUGGUCAACUGGAGACUGAUCGGUAGUUGAUUUACAUAGCUAAUUAACACAUUGUCUGAUCUUUUAUAGACUUGGUUGGUUAAUUACUCAUAAUGCUUCCGAAUCGAGGGGGGUAAUUAGAAAAUUAAAUAGCAUCGCAAUUACCUAAAAAGAAUAAUAUAAAAUUCUGAAAAUGGUUUCUAUAUCGUCAAAGUGACCAAGUGUUUAGUACUGUCUAUAAAUAAGCAUAUAAGAGAGUGAGUAAAUAACAUACCACCGAACACCAAGCAACUUCUCUUGUUUCUUUCCCUUCUCUUUGAACACAUUUCCCUUAGCUACUACAUAAAGGACUAGCCUUUUUAACAUAUAACAAGAAGUACACCACAUAAAGUUGAAAAAAGCGGUUCAUGGACAAGAAAAAGUCAGUAUCAGGUUCCUCCUCAUCCUCAUCUUUCGAUCAUCUUUUUGGUCCAAGAGUCUCUUCCUCGUCUUCUUCAUCAACAACAGGGUUGUUCCAAUCCAUUUUCCCACCACCCUCAAUGGGGACGCAAGCGGACUUGGCAAAUCCAAAUGGAGCGGCUAUAUAUCAACCUCCAGGUUUGGGGAUUCCAAAUGAAAGAGGAGAAAGGAGAAAAAACAAGGAGAGAAAGCGUUACCAAAAUGAAGAAACACAACCACCAUGCAACUUGAGCUCAUCCAUAUAUUAUGGAGGCCAAGACAACUAUUCCUCCUCAACACCACCACAAUCAACAACCAAUCCAGAUGCUUAUAAGAAAGAUGGAGACGAAGACGAUUCUGAAAGUGCUUCAAGAGGAAAUUGGUGGGAGGGAUCGCUUUAUUACUAGUUAUCAAUCAUAGCCGAGAUGCAAUAUAAGCAAAGUGAUAUGUUUUGAUACAGAUUACGCGAUCAGUUUGCAGGAACCUUAAUCAAGUGAAGUAAGACGGAAGUUGACGUUCUGAAAUAUACCUAGAAAAAUAUAUAUAUAUAUAUAUACAUAAACUAAAGCAGUAAUGUAAUAGUAUAUACAGCUGGCUUAAAAGAAAGCGAGAAAAAAAUAAUUCUCAUAUAGUAUCUAGUGUGUAUCUUAUAUAUUAAAACAGAAGUCACAACUUUGAUUCAUGUGUGAUUUUUUUAAAAAUGGACCUAA